UUCCCCUUCACAGGCGCUUCUGGCAUGUGUCUGGCUGAGUGUUGAGCAUGGCGAAUUCCAUGUGGGGGAGUGCAAGUGUAUAAAACUCAGCAAGGGGCUCCUUGUGUCCUCAGAUUGCUCAAGGACUCAAGGACGGCAAGCAAGGCCAUAUACAGUCUCACGGCCCGUGAAGAGUGCAGUCAGGAUUCCACCAUGACUGGAUUGCUUCAUUUCAACAUAUCGCUGGACAAUGUAUCAGUGGAGGAAUAUGAACUGCAUUCAACUUGCCAAACAAGCCCUUCAGUCCAGCACCAGAAUAUCCUAAUCCCAGCCAUCUACAGCAUUAUUUUUGCCCUGGGUGUUAUUGGAAACGGACUCGUGGUGUUUGUCCUCUGUCAGACCUCUAUCCGUAAAACAGUGGCCAACACUUACAUUCUCAACCUCGCACUCUCCGACCUACUCUUCCUCCUUAGCCUUCCUUUCUGGGCGGUCUACUACUCCUUCGAUUAUGACUGGAUCUUUGGCCAACUAAUGUGCAAGUUGUGUGGGGGUCUACUCACCCUCAAUUUGUAUGCUAGCAUCUUCUUCAUCACUUGUAUGAGCAUGGACCGCUACAUGGCCAUUGUCCACCCACUUAAGUCCCAGAGAUGUAGGAACCUAUGUAGAGCCCGAGUGGUCUGCUUCUUGGUAUGGUUUGCCGCAGGACUGACCACCAUCCCCACCAUGAUGUUCCGAGACACUCUUCAUAUUAGCAAUGUGACUGCCUGCGUAAUCCACUUUCGCAGCCACAGCUGGUUUGUAGGCUUGGCUUUGAUGAAGAACAUCCUGGGCUUCCUGUUGCCGUUCGCCAUCGUCACUAGCUGCUACUGCAGCAUCGGAAAACAUCUUCUGACAGCUCCUGGCCUGGACAAGAGCACCAGCAACCUGGACAGAGUCCUCAAGAUGGUGGGUGCUGUGGUUCUGGCCUUCUUCUUUUGCUGGUUCCCCUUCCACACACUCACUUUCUUGGACGUGCUGGUCAGCCUCAAGGUUCUGAAAGCCUGCAAGGUGGUGCAGACCAUCAGCCUUGGGUUACCCUUCACUAUCUGCCUGGGCUUCUCCAAUAGUGCUAUCAACCCCUUCCUCUACUGCUUUGUGGGCAACCACUUUCGGGAACAGUUAGGAGGUCUAACUCAAACACAUGCCUGCAAUUUGUCUCAAAAACGAGGCUCCUUCAGCACCAGGCUCAGUUCCUUCUCUAGGAAGCUGAGUGACCUCAAAGACUUGGCAACUCCAGAAAAUGGCACAGUGUGAUGGAUUGUAAAGAGUGUCCUCUAUGCAUUAAUGGGUAUUGGUACAUAUUUUUUAACAACUUGACUUUCACGGCCAUCAUUGUAUUGACUAAGCACUUGUAUAUGUUAUCAGAUUUAGAAUGGUGGAAAAGAUGACUCACAAUUCAUUGUGAAGGGACUUUGUCAUGGUAUUAUAGUGGCAUGGGUAUAAUUAAGCUGCUAUGGACUAAUGGACCAAAAGCUUUCUUAAAAGACUUAUGCCAGUGAGUGAUUAUUGUGACUGUAACACAGUUGUAUGCAUAUAUAAACUAUAAUUUAUAUGUAUAUAUAAUGCAUGGUCUCUAAA